GCCCAGGCAGCGUGCUCUCCUCUUCCAACACCAACCACUCUCCCAAGAACCGGAAAGCAGCAGAACGGCAUGGCGACCAGCAGUGGAGCGCGCCGCGUGCCAUGACGAGGCACCGUCCUUGGCCUCCUCCUCCUCCUUCUUCAGUUCCGGUAGCAGCGAUACACAGCGGCGGCGGCGGGAUGGCGAGGCUGUCGCCUGGGGCGGGGGCGCCGCAGGUGGACACGGGCAAGUACGUGCGGUACACGCCGGAGCAGGUGGAGGCGCUGGAGCGCGUCUACACCGAGUGCCCCAAGCCCAGCUCGCUCCGCAGGCAGCAGAUCAUCAGGGACUGCCCCAUCCUCUGCAACAUCGAGCCCAAGCAGAUCAAGGUCUGGUUCCAGAACCGCAGGUGCCGGGAGAAGCAGCGGAAGGAGUCCUCCCGCAUGCAGACGGUGAACCGGAAGCUUACUGCAAUGAACAAGCUGCUUAUGGAGGAGAAUGACCGGCUGCAGAAGCAGGUGUCGCGUCUCGUCUACGAGAACAUGUCCGCGAAGAGCCUGAAGACUCAGCUCCGCAAUGCUUCUGCGGCCACCACGGACACGAGCUGCGAGUCCGUGGUGACGAGUGGUCAGCACCAUCAGCAGCAAAACCCUGCAGCACCGCGUCCCCAAAGGGAUGCGAACAACCCAGCUGGUCUGCUCGCUAUUGCUGAGGAGACCCUGGCAGAGUUCCUGUCCAAGGCGACAGGGACUGCUGUCGAAUGGGUGCAAAUGGUUGGGAUGAAGCCUGGUCCGGAUUCCAUUGGAAUCAUCGCUGUUUCGCACAAUUGUAGUGGCGUAGCAGCCCGAGCUUGCGGUCUUGUGAGCCUUGAGCCCACAAAGGUUGCGGAGAUCCUCAAGGAUCGUCCAUCUUGGUAUCGCGACUGUCGUUGCGUUGAUAUCCUCCAUGUUAUCCCUACGGGUAAUGGAGGAACUAUCGAGCUAAUCUACAUGCAGACUUAUGCACCAACGACUUUGGUGGCACCUCGAGACUUCUGGACACUCCGUUACACCAGUGGCCUUGAAGAUGGCAGCCUUGUGAUCUGUGAAAGGUCGUUGACUCAGUCCACAGGUGGUCCAUCUGGUCCUAACACUCCUAAUUUUAUCAGAGCCGAGGUGCUCCCUAGUGGUUAUCUGAUUAGACCAUGCGAGGGAGGUGGCUCCAUGAUUCACAUCGUGGACCAUGUUGAUUUGGAUGCCUGGAGUGUGCCAGAGGUGCUUAGACCGCUCUAUGAGUCUCCAAAGAUCCUUGCACAGAAGACGACUAUUGCAGCACUGCGGCACAUUAGGCAAAUUGCACAUGAAUCAAGUGGUGAAAUCCCAUAUGGUGCUGGGCGACAGCCCGCAGUUCUCAGAACCUUCAGUCAAAGGCUCAGCAGAGGCUUCAACGAUGCUGUGAGUGGAUUUCCAGAUGAUGGUUGGUCUUUGUUGAGUAGCGAUGGCUCUGAGGAUAUUACCAUCACAGUAAACUCAUCUCCAAACAAGCUUGCUGGAUCGCAUGUCAGCCCUUCACCACUCUUUUCUGCCAUUGGGGGUGGCAUCUUGUGUGCAAAGGCAUCAAUGCUACUGCAGAAUGUUCCGCCUGCUUUACUUGUGCGAUUUCUGAGGGAGCAUCGCUCUGAAUGGGCUGAUCCUGGCGUUGAUGCUUAUUCUGCUGCCUCUUUGAGGGCCAGCCCGUAUGCUGUUCCCGGUUUAAGGGCUGGUGGGUUCAUGGGCAGUCAGGUUAUACUACCUCUCGCGCACACAUUAGAACAUGAAGAGUUCCUGGAGGUCCUUCGGCUCGAAGGGCACGGUUUUAGCCAUGAUGAGGUGCUUCUUGCACGAGAUAUGUACCUUCUGCAGCUUUGCAGUGGGGUUGAUGAAAAUGCUGCAGGUGCUUGUGCACAGCUUGUGUUUGCACCUAUCGAUGAAUCUUUUGCUGAUGAUGCACCUCUGCUACCCUCAGGCUUCCGUGUGAUACCACUGGACACGAAGACGGAUGUGCCAUCUGCCACACGCACACUUGACCUUGCAUCUGCCCUUGAGGUUGGAUCCGGUGGAGCUUUGCGUGGUUCAAGUGAUGCCUCUGGCACAUGCAACAUGAGAUCGGUUCUGACCAUAGCCUUCCAGUUCUCAUUCGAGAAUCAUCUCCGUGAAAGCGUGGCAGCCAUGGCCAGGCAAUAUGUGAGGGCCGUGAUGGCAUCUGUGCAGAGGGUGGCCAUGGCAAUAGCUCCUUCGCGCCUUGGCUCACAGAUCGAACUGAAGCACCCUCCUGGCUCGCCAGAGGCGCUUACACUUGCUAGCUGGAUUGGCAAGAGCUACAGUGCUCAUACUGGAGCAGAGAUCCGCUGGUCGAACACAGAAGAUGCUGAUUCUCCUCUGAUGCUCCUGUGGAACCACAGCGACGCAAUACUCUGCUGUUCCCUGAAGGCUGCUCCCAUGUUCACCUUCGGCAACAACGCGGCACUGGACAUGCUGGAGACGACGCUGGUCAACCUGCAGGACAUCUCGCUGGAGGCGAUCCUGGACGACGAGGGCCGCAAGGCGCUGUGCACUGAUUUCUCCAAGAUCAUGCAGCAGGGUUUCGCGUACCUCCCGGCGGGCGUGUGCAAGUCGAGCAUGGGGCGGCAGGCGUCGUACGAGCAGGCGGUGGCAUGGAAGGUGCUGAGCGACGACGUGGCGGGCGCCCCGCACUGCCUCGCCUUCAUGUUCGUCAACUGGACCUUCCUGUGAUCCGACAUACUGCAUAUUUCGACGCCCUGUCUUUUUUUACUGCUUUUGCUUGUGCUGCCAAGGACCUCUAUAUCGUCGGCCAUUGGCCUCUCGUUUCACAAUGGUGCAAUGCAUUUACCCUAGCUGUCGCUUGUACCUCUCUGUGUUUGCAUGUGUGUUUGUGUUCAUGGCCUGAACUUGCUGUGUGUUAAUUUGUAGCGUCCUUUGUUGUCUGAAAACCAGAUUUGAGAUUCGUGCCGUGUGCGAGUGUGAUCAGCACUUUUAUCUAUCUGUAUAUCUAUGAUCUAUGUUGUGGGAUCAUAUGAUGAACCGAACCGAAAAACUGCUUUGCUGUU